AUGGCUAUGGCAGCAAGAGGACGGAAUUCAAAGCUACCACCUGAGGUGAACCGGAUUUUGUACAUUAAAAAUCUGCCGUACAAAAUAACUUCCAGCGAAAUGUACGAGAUUUUUGGUAAAUUUGGAGCGAUUCGACAAAUUAGAGUCGGAUCAACAAACGAAACAAGGGGAACCGCAUUUGUUGUUUACGAAGACAUCUACGAUGCGAAGAACGCUUGUGAGCAUAUGAGUGGUUUCAACGUCUCCAAUAGAUAUUUGGUGGUAUUGUAUUAUCAAGCUACAAAGGCUUACAAAAGAAUGGACACAGAAAAGGCAAAGGAACGUCUUGAAGAGGUCAAGGAGCGCUAUGGUAUUGGCGGUGAUCUCACUAAACAGAAAAUGGCUUACACACCAACACCUCGACGGUAG